AUGGACACAUCCGGGGAAGUUUCUGUCCAUUUGGUGGUGGCAAAGACCAAGGUGGCCCCGGUCCGACCGGUCACCAUACCGCAAUUGGAGCAAGGCGCCCUGUUGCUCACUGAGCUACUCAACGCAACCGGCAAGGGUCUCGACUUGAGCGGUGCGCAGAAAUUCCUUCACAACACCCGUAACCCCCGGAACAAGAAAGAGGGCUUUGUCACCAGAGACGAACUGGACGCGGCUCGACUCCGCUGGGUAAGAAUUGCGCAGCGGCACAACUUUCCGGACGAGAUAGCGCAACUCGGGGACUCAAGGCCACUCCCGGCUCGUUCUCCUCUCUUGCCGCUCUGCCCAUUUUUGAACCACGAAGGGCUGCUGCGCCUGGGUGGCCGCCUGCAGCACGCAUUGCUGCCCUUUGAGAAGAAGCACUCACUUAUACUGGCAAAAGACAACCCUCUCUCCCUCCUGCUGGUGCGGGAGGCUCACAUGACGUCGCUGCAUGGAGGCCCCCAGUUGACCCGUAGCCUACUCCUCCAAAGGGUAUGGAUCCUCCGGGCCAACUCCCUCAUUCGAGCCGUGAUCCACAAGUGCGUGACCUGCGCACGAUUCCGAGGCGCUACAGCGGCGCAGCAAAUGGGACAGCUGCCAGCGGAACGCGCCCGCCCGGGUCGGCCCUUCCAGUCCGCCGGCGUUGACUACGCCGGCCCCGUGUUCCUCCGGACUACAAAAGGCCGCGGCCACAAGGCCGUCAAAGGCUAUAUCUGUCUGUUUGUGUGCUUGUCCUCCAAGGCCAUACACUUGGAAGCCGUCUCUGACUUAUCCUCUGCUUCAUUUUUAGCCGCAUUCAAGCGAUUCACGGCCCGUCGGGGCCACUGCCGACUUCUGAUAAGCGACAAUGGGACCAAUUUCCGCGGGGCCGCCAAGGAGCUGCGCGCAAUGUUUAAGGCAACCUCCAGCUUCUACCAUGCUAGCGCCGCGGACUUGGCCAACCACGGCACAGAAUGGUCGUUCAUCCCCCCCGGGGCGCCCCACUUCGGAGGGUUGUGGGAAGCCGGCGUCAAGUCAGUGAAAUACCACCUACGGAGCGUGCUCGGGGAGCACAAACUCACCUUCGAGGAGAUGGCGACACUGCUGUCCCAAGUUGAGGCCUGCCUUAACUCGCAGCCUCUGUACGCGCUGAGCAACGACCCGUCGGAUCUGUCCGCGCUGACCCCGGGCCAUCUGCUCGUUGGCGAGCCACUUGUAAACAUACCGGAGCCUUCCCUGCUGGGCGCUGACGUGAACCGACUGCCAUCACGAUGGGCCUUGGUCUCUAUGCGCGACCACUUCUGGAGUCGUUGGUCGAGAGAAUACGUGCACCAUCUACAGCAACUCAAAAAAUGGAGGAGGACAUCGCCGAACCUCGAAGUGGGCACGCUCGUACUCCUCAAGGACAAACUGCAGCCCCCCGCCAAAUGGGCGCUAGCGCGAGUCACCGCCCUUCAUCCCGGCUCCGACAGGCUG